GUUACCUCCGCCUGACGGGCAAGGCCUACAAAGGUGAGGACUGGGGUGAGAAGCCGCGUGUGCAGCUGGGUGUCCAGUAUGAGGGCAAGCUCGACAUUCUGGGCAGGAAGCUGGAUCUGGGCGGCGAAAGCGCGGGAUUCGACAGCGGACGCAGCCUCCUGGAUGA